AGGAGAGGCAAUUCAAAAUGCGACGACGAAGCGGGCUUCUUCCUCCUCUCCACCCACCAGAAAAAACCCUCCGCUCCGCCCACAUCACCCUUCCGUAGAAACCCCUUCAUCUCCCAUGCUCUGAAGGAAUACAACCCUAAUCUCAUGGCCUCCUCUUCCGCUCCUUUCAUUCAAAUCCUCGAUUCCCCAGCAGAAACCUUCGCCAAGCGCAAGAAAGAUCCCGCCUCCGUCCAAGAAAAGCUCGCCCUCCUCGCCCAAAACCUCCGUCCCGUCCCCUUCUCCCCCUCCAAACCCCUCGCCGCUCUCUCCCCCCACGAGCCCCUCCUCCGCGCCCUCGGCCUCUGGGACUUCGCCCGCCUCCCCCUCGACCGCGCCAUCCGCUCCGACCUCCUCUCCCUCCUCAUCGCCCACUACGACCCCCUCACCCACCGCAGCCUCGUCCGUAACUCCCGCGUCGCGCUCGGCCGCGCCGCCUUUGCCCGUGCCCUCGCCCUCCCCGUAGAGAAAGAAAAAGGGGCCAAUGCCGAUCGCUUCUUGGGCAAGGCGGCCGUCGCGACCGUCAUGGAUUUCAUGAUGAAUUGGAUGGUCUUUCUCGAUGAUGCUUGCGUUCUCCCACCGGAGGUUGUCGCGGCGACUCGGCUGGUGAUGGAGGGGCGGCCGCAGAAGGUGGACUGGGCUGGGUUGGUGUGGGCCAUGGCGGAGAGGGAGAUAUUGGAUGCCCCGACGGCCGGGUGGUGCUACUAUGCCUCGCACCUGCAGUGUUUGAUGAAGCGCCAGCGGCCACAGCUGUUCGAAGAAGACGGCGAGCCAGAGAUGGACAUGGAGUUGGAGCCAUCAAUUAACGUCGAUCUAGUUGAGGAUGAAGAUGGUGCUGGCAAUGGCGGACCAGAGUUGGGUCUGGAGAAUUGUGGUCUCAGGUCAAGUUUGAGGCUCUGCAGGGAUGUGGACGCUGGGAAUGGUGUCAAAGAAGAGCCUUUGGAUUUGGAAAUGAAGGAUGUGGGUGUGGAGUGCGAGAAUUUGAGCAAAGGAGGAGAAUUUUUAGCUAUGAGGACUGCUCAUGUACAUAAGAAAGUGACGUUGGACAAUGGACCAAGUGGGGUUUUCUUGUUGGGGAAUAGCUGUAUGAGGGGGGCUGGUGAGGCUAAUUAUGAUGAUGGUGUCAGUGAUGAUGAUGCUCGUGUGUUUGAUUGUAUCAAUUGGCAGAAAAGGAUGUGGAGUAAUAGGUCCUGUGAACACACACAAACAGCCAUUGAUGCUUACAUGGAAGAAGCUCAGAACUGCAUGGUUAAGGCUAAGACGAUGUAUUUAAAGAAGAAGCAGGAAUGCAUGAAGGCCCAAUUGGAGCUGCAGCACCUGCAUCAGAUGCUGCAGCAAAAGGACCGGAUCAUCUGGUCAUUGGAGAAGAAGCGAGAAGAGGAGAUGAAGAAGAGGAAGCUGGAGGCUUGCCAGUUUGACUAUGAGCUCAGGGUAAUUGGGCAUUUAGUUCAUGAUUAUAACAAGGCUUUGAAGGACACACGCAGUGCAUUUGCUGAGUACAGAAAACGGUUUCCAGAGGGUGACAAGCCUCUUUACGAGGAUGCUUGUGGAACUGGUGGUGCUGUUGUUAGUGCUAGGGAGCUGGAAGUGCAGAGUAUGAAGAAAGAGGUGGAAACGCACCAUGUGGCUGCAAAGAUGAUCAAUGAUUUUCAAAAAGACUGGUUUGCGAAGCUUGGUAGAUAUGCUAAGUGGGCUACCAACUUGGCCACAAGGUUGGUAAAACUUAAUGGAGAAACUAAGAUUCUUCGGGAAAUGUUUGCAACCCAGGAUCCAGAAAUUAUGAUUCAGUAAGUCUUUAAGAUGCUUGCAAAAUGUGACUGGUACGUAGGAUCCUUGUUUUCUUUAUCAUGAUAAGUAGAUGGAGAUUUAAGCGAUGUUGCAACAAUUUUCAUAUUGAGAAGAAUAUUUUAAUGCUGUAUAUGAAAAAUGUUUUAUGG